AUGUUGAAAGGGUCUCGUGAACUCAGGCGAAAGUUCGAAAAGCUGUGCAAGGCCAUGAACAUUGAGCCGAAGUACUUGUCUACGGUACGGGAACAUUUACUACUAAAGGGCUCAGCACUUACUCUGGACAGAGCGGUUCUGCUAGCGGGUCAUGUAGAACAGAGUCGGAGAGCAGCUCAACAGCAGCUUCAUGAGGAAUCCGCAACAGUUGGACGACUUUCCUACAAUAGAAGGAAGAACUCAAACAAGCCCCGGGACAAGCUAAAAACAAAGAAAUCAGCUGUCUGCUAUCGCUGUGGCUCAACGCGCCAUUUGGCUAACUCGCCAAACUGUAUAGCAUGGGAUAAGGAAUGCUUUAAAUGCAAGAAAGUAUGUCACUUCGGAGCCAUGUGCAAAGGUUCAAGCAAACAGCACCAUGGUACUACUCGUGAAGUAGUAACAGAUACCUCAGAGGAGGAAGCCAGUUCUCCGAAUACUGCAAGUGCUAUGCUUCUCGAGGUGCAUACGACCAAGGAAAAGGCCAUCUACGUUUCAGUGGAAGCUGCAGGCAAGAAUGUCAAGUUCUUAAUUGACACAGGAUCGUCUGUUUCCAUACUAUCCUGGGACGUCUACCAGUCUACCUUCUCGAGAGAGUUUUCACUUCGACCAGCUUCGAUUCAGCUUCAUGAUUAUUCAAGAAAGCAGAUACCAGUGCGAGGUUGCGUUGUCAUCCCUGUCAAGUACAAGACGCAGAGCGCUUCACUUCUAUUUUACGUAGUGCAGCAAGGUACUACACUCUUAGGACUUGAUGCAGUCGCAGCACUGGAUUUACACAUUGACGGAGCGCAAUUGCAAUGCCUAGAGACAACGGUCACGACGUCUGAUCGCGAGCACAUUGCGAAGUGCGAAUUUCCGCAACUGUUUGCUCCAGGACUGGGCGUUGCUAAAGGUUACGCACACAAAGUGAAACUGAGACCAGAAGUGGAGCCCACUAUAGCUAAACUUCGAAGACUACCGUUAGAAGUAAGGAGCGAUGUCUCCAAGGAACUGAAGAAACUCCUGGACAUGGAUAUCAUAGAACCCAUUGAUGCGUCACCAUGGGUAUCGCCCAUUGUCGUCGCUAAGAAAAAGGACGGUCGUAUUCGACUCUGUGUAGACCUACGAGCACCGAACAGAGCUGUCAUACCGGAUUGCUAUCCUCUACCACACAUAGAGGAACUUGUUAACAGACUCGCCGGUGCGAAAGUCUUCUCCAAACUAGACCUAUCUGCGGCAUACCACGAGCUACCGCUAGCAGAAGAAAGCCGUGAUAUCACUGCUUUUAUCACGCACGAUGGAUUGUUCCGUUACCAACGGGUAUGUUUUGGCCUGGCGUCAGCACCCUCUGCCUUCCAGAAGCUCCUCGCUAAUGUGCUCAAAGACUGUAGUGGAGUACUAAACUACCUUGAUGACAUCAUCGUUCAUGGAAAAAGUGAACAGCAGCAUGCCAGGAAUUUACGCCAAGUUUUGAGAUGUCUUUCGGACGCAGGUCUACGGCUAAACCAGAAAUGCAUGUUCGGUGUCAGGGAACUCACCUUCGUGGGUCAUACAGUCGCGGAAGGAAAAGUUAUGCCGCUAGAAGAAAACGUAAAGGCCAUUCUGGAAGCUCCAGCACCCACUGACUUUCGCACAUUGAAGUCAUUCCUGGGCAUGACUGGACAUUAUGCGAAAUUUAUAAAGAAUUAUGCGGACGAAGUGGAACCGCUACGUCACUUGCUCCGAGGCGAAAAAGACUUUCAGUGGAGCACAAACGCUCAAUUAUGUUUUGAGAGGCUCAAAAGACUCAUGUCCACAUGCCGUUGA